GAGGGAAAUUACAGGAUGAUCUUUCCCUUUCUUUCUCGGUGGGUUGAAUAAGAUAUUAUUUCAUUUCCUUUUCACGUAAAUUUUUUAAUUUAAAAAUACACUUUUAAAGCGGAAGAACAUUACACUUACACAUGGCGUUGAUUUCGAUGCGUAAUGUUCCUCCGGUUGGUCAGCCAUUACGUUCUUCCGAUUCUGGGUUUAAAGUUGCAUCGAGUAUCUUGAUGAUUCAUUGUAAUAGUUUGACUCUCCAGCUCUUGUUUAAGAAAGUAAUCCCUCUUUCCCAUAUUAAAGAGGUAUAACUCUGUUGUACUGGCCGGUUAAACUUAACUGAUAAAGGACGACCGGAAGGAAUAAAGAGUAAUAUUUGAGGUUGGCGUUCUGGUAAACUGGAGGAUGCAUGAUAAAUGGCCUGCGGUUGUGCUUUUGCUUAUGUCUUCCAUGAUUUUCCAUGUUGCUGCCACCGCCACUUUAUCUUUCUUCUUUUCCCCUACUCCUUCUUUCCUUUUCCUUCUUUUCUCCCCUUCUUCCUUCUUCUCACGUUUCAUAUGGAAAAAAGAACCCUGGAUCUGGUGCCCUACACGCGGUUGCAAUGUUUAUAUGCGAAAAAAAAUGAAUGGAGCAUUUGUGGGGAUAAAUAUUGGCACACAUGUGUCCAGUCUUCCACCUGCCUCAGAUGUGGUUUCAAUGCUCAAACAGUACGAAUUUACUCAUGUUAGACUCUAUAAUGCCAAUGCCCAAUUACUCAAAGCCUUUGCAAAUAGUAGCAUUGAAGUAAUGGUUGGUGUUACAAAUGAGGAGGUUCUAAAAAUUGGAAAGUCUCCAUCAGCUGCUGCUGCUUGGGUUAAUAAGAAUGUUGCACUUUAUAUACCUGCAACCAAUAUAUCAGCCAUUGCUGUAGGCAGUGAGCUUCUUACCUCUAUCCCUAAUGCAGCCCCAGUCUUGAUCCGUGCCAUGAAAUACCUUUAUAAAGCUCUUGUUGCUGCAAACCUAAAUCUUCAAGUCAAAGUUUCAACUCCCCAGUCUAUGGAUGUCAUUCUUACCUCUUUUCCUCCCUCUACGGCCACAUUCAAUUCUUCAUUGAACUCCACCAUUUAUCAACUCCUUCAGUUCUUGAAAAACACCAACUCCUACUAUAUGUUAAAUGUUUAUCCUUACUAUGGAUACAUAAAAGGAAACGCAUAUUUUCCAUUUGAUUAUGCUCUUUUCCAGCCAUUGUCUAUAAACCGGCAGAUUGUUGACCCAAACACACUCCUCCACUAUAAUAACAUGUUUGAUGCCAUGCUGGAUGCAACCUAUCAUUCAAUAAAAGCUCUCAACUUUUCUGGUAUCCCCAUUGUGGUCACAGAGUCUGGCUGGCCAUGGUCUGAUGGAGCCAAUGAACCUCAUGCGACCAAGCAAAUUGCCGAGAUAUAUGUUAACAAUUUGAUAAAUAGGGUUUUGAAUGGUUCAGGUCCACCUAGCGAGCCAACUAAACCUGUUAACACGUACAUAUACGAGUUGUUCAGUGAAGACCAGAAACUUGAGCCUAUGUCAGAGAAAAACUGGGGAGUUCUUUCAACCAAAGGUUCUGCUAUAUAUCGUUUGAGUUCAUUAUCCAGCAGAGUCACUGGAAGUUCUUCUGUUGUUUACUGUGUGGCAAAAGAUGGUGCAGAUUCCGGGAAGUUGCAAAAUGGUCUGAACUGGGCUUGUGGUCAAGGUGGAGCUAAUUGUUCUGCCAUUCAACCAGGGCAGCCAUGUUUUCUUCCCGAUAACAUCAUAAACCACGCUUCUUAUGCUUUUAAUGACUACUAUCAGAAAAUGCAACGCAAUGGUGGAACAUGCGACUUUGAAGGCACAGCGACGUUAACUAAUACUAAUCCAAGCCAUGGAUCCUGUGUAUACACCGGAAGCGGUAAUCCAAGUAGUGGAAAUGGGGCUUCACCCCCGAUUCCUUCGCUGACUCCGGAGCCUUCCAUUGAUUUCCCCAGUUCAAGUUCAAAACUUGAAGCCGAGCAGUUUCAUUUUCUCGUCGUCACCCAUGCUUUUUUUCAAGGAAAGCCACCAAGGGAAGGGAUGCAAAGGCCCAUCAUUUUGAUUGAACUUCUUGUACUAUUCGGUAUGCAUAAUCCUUUGUAAUUAUGUAAAUACACUAAAUUAAAUGAGAUCGGACCAAUUUAUGAACAUUAAGAUCA